AUGCCUGACGUCACUUUCUCGGAUUGUGGAGAAAAUUGGAAAACUGAGCUUUCGGAAAUUCUGAAGAUUCCUCCAGAUAGAAUCACGAGUUCCCAGGACGGCUCCACCUUCUACUGCAAGGUUGGCUUUGACAACGACGCCACGGUGGAGCAUUCCAUAAAUGACGUCAUGAAGGCUCUGCGCGUCAUUAUUGUAUGUGGUGUCGUCAUUGAAUCGAUUGAUAAGCUCAUGCUCCCUUUUGUCUUCGUCGGAGAGUUGGUUAUGGCUGUAACCAAAAGGGAAGAAAAUAUAUUAGAUGUGGAGUUCUUCAACUUCUUGGGAUCUCUCUGCGGCAAGAUCAAAGGCCUUCGAUUUGCCCUCGAUAUCGAGAAAGUCGUAUUUGAUGUUCUUGAACAGUUGAAGAUCGACUUAAAGUUUUUUGGAAGAUUGGACGGCUUUGCUCAGAUUGGACUGGACUCCUUGAAGCUGGCCAUUUUGGAAGCACAUAUUCAGAAGAAAGUUGCAGUUCCUCUGGAUCCGGCCUUCACAAUGCAAUGCAAUAAUCUGGAUGAGCUCAUCAAAUACCUCAGACAAAAGACUUCGCAGAAAAAAAAGGGCGAGGAUCCUUGUAAGAAACAAGAUGAACCUCCGAACUUUCUGAUACCUUUAUCAUCUCAACAGAUCAGUAUUCUAUUCAUGGUCGAAUGGGCGCCUGAGGAGAGUGAUCAGCUUUUGGAAAAGUUACAGUUCAAAAUAGCCAAUCUCAACUCUAAAAAGUUUUGUAAAUGCCUGAACUACUUGGUAAUGACCCACACCAUUCUGAGAACAACGUACAGCAAAAAUGGCUACCAAACGAUAACUUCUGCGACGGAAUGCUUCAUCUCUACUUCCAAGUCGAAAAAAGAAAAAGAAUCUGAAGAAAUAAUCGCGCUCCAAGUCGAUAUUGAUCAAGAUGACGUCACCUUGAUUUUUCAUCACAUUGCGACUGACGGGACUUCGAUUUCCAUUUUGACAAGACAACUACAAAAUUUUUAUAACAAAUAUAAUUUCCACGCACCUGAUCGAUUUCCUCAAUAUUAUGACUACAUUCAGCAAAGAUCCGUGGAUCAUACCGAAGAAAUAUCUUUUUGGAAGGCCUAUCUUGGUGAUGCAAAAUCUAAAUGCGAAAUUUUCCCCACUGACAAACCUAGAAGCGUCGAUCUAUCUUUUGCAAGCAAGUCAAGAACUUUCGAAAUUCCAAAACCGGUCCAAAAGGCUCUUCAAAAGGCCUGUGUCGAGUUUUCAAGCUCGUUUUUCGAAACGAUAAUGGCCACAUUAGGAUUGACUCUGAGAAAAAUGAUAGGAAGAGAGGAAAUUAUUAUUGGAACGGCUGUCGAUCUCAGGACGUCCAGUUAUGCUCAAACUGUCGGAAACUUUGCCAACCUUGUCCCGGUGGUUCUUCGAGGCAGUUCCGAUAGCCUAGUGGAAGGUUAUCAUAAAAGUUGUCGUGAUACAAUUCGCCUAUGUCGACGCCAUGCCUCGCUGCCUUUCGACAAGAUCGUCGGUGUUUCUGACGUCGUCAAAACAGAGAUAACCUCUCCUUUGUUUCAGAUUCUUCUGGUUAACGACACUUUUGACGUUGUUGAUUUUGAUCAUAUCGAUUCUGGAGCUUUUUUUGCGAAAUAUGACCAAACUUGGUAUCUUCGGAAAGGUCUUGCCGGCUACUACCUCGUUGCUGAAUAUCGAGGAAACUUAUUUCACGAGAGAACGAUUGAUGCCAUAGCGCAGAACUUUUUCCGAUGUUCGAUAGCAACUCUGCACUCUUUGAAAAUCAAAGAUGUAUCACUUUUUUCAAAAAUUGAGCAGAAACAGAAAGAAAAAAACAUCGACUUUCCGUUGACUACAUUACUGCAGUAUUUCUUGAAAAAUAAACAUGGAACUUUUAAGUAUGAGGAACAGGAGUUGAGUUAUGUGGAGAUCAAGCUGAAAGUCAUCCAAAUGGCAAUACUCAUUCGAAAAACUUUUUUCAAAACGUAUGGGCAUUUGCCAACAAAUGGUAAUUGUGCGGUGAUUAAACUGAAAAGAAGCUUCGACCUGAUUAUUGCUGUUUUGGCUUCCUGGAAGCUCUCUCUUUUCGUUUUCCCAAUCAGCGAAGCAGUGCCAAAGGCCAGAAUCGAACAUUUCGCACAAACUUUAGAGAAUCCGAUUUUUAUAACAGACCAGUCCGUUGAGAAGUAUCCAUAUAUUGAUGUGACUAGAAUUUCCCAAAGGAAAGAGAAAAAUUCGAACUUCCACAACGCUGUCAUGAGCCAUGAUUUGAGCUACGUCACGUGUACCUCCGGAUCUACUGGAACUCCAAAACUCGUCUGCACAGAGUUCCACGGUCACGCUAAUUUAGCUCUGAACUACGCGAUCCUUCUCAAAAUCAAUCAAAAUUCUGUGAUCUACCAACUAGUCAAUCCAUCUUUUGACAUCUUUUUCGCCGACUUAGGAAAAGCCGUCGUCCAUGGAGCAUCUCUGACCUUCGCUUCGGAAGACAUCGUCAAUGAACACGAGCUUGAAGACGUCACACACGCCUACAUCAUGCCGGCCUACCUUUCCAGAUGCAAAGACUUCUCUAUUUUCCGAUCUAUGCAGAGCAUCCAGUUUGGAGGAGAGCCAAUCAACCAAAACUUGCUCAAGGAGCUUCGAGAAAUCAAAUUGAUCCAGGAGUUCGGGCUGACGGAACAGACCGUCUACUCUGCCUACACUGAAAUGUCAGAAAAUACAAAUACUCGAGAGAUAGGACCUUGUUAUUUGAACGUAAAGUUUGUGUUUCGAGAUGUCGACGGAAGCCUGGCUCCGAGGGACUGCUUCAGGGCUCAGUUGCAUUUGGCCGGAGUCGGACUCAUGCGUGGGUACUAUGGAGCUGGAGCUGCAGCCGACGAGUUUCCAACUGGAGAUUUGGUGAUGACGUCAUCGGACGGAAAACGGUUUUUCGUUGGCCGAGGCGACAGUCAAGUCAAACUCCGCGGCUUCCGAAUUGAGCUCCAUGAGGUUUGA